GAAAGAACCUUCUCGAUACUUAAAACGAAAAUGGGGAGUUGAAGAAGCAUAUUUGGAUCUGCAGCUACAUAUUGAAGGAACAAAUAGAACUGUCUAUCAGUGAUGUUGCAGAAAACGAAGUUCAACAGCUACAACAAUUGAUAAGUCCGUUGGAAAGUCUGCCGCCUGAGGUAAUUGACUUGCCUUAUGAUACGUGUGGAAAUACUGGAGACACUGACAUUGACAUUGAGGCUUCCAAUGCUGAUGACGAGUUAUUUGGAAGCAACACUUACGAAGAAGAAGAUAUGGAUGAUUACAUUUUUAUAGAAGGCCUGAAAGAUUGUGAUCGUGGCAAUUACCUUGCUUUAGUUUGCUUGGCAUAUAAACUGAAACAUAGACUAUCUAAUGCUUCGUUCAAGGAUCAUCUGAGAAUUCUGAAAUUGUUUACUGGAUCAACUGUCGAAGAAAUGACAAGUGCAGCCAAGUGUGCCGAAAAAUAUGAGAAGGUUAUACAACCAACUAAGAAGAUCUUUGUAUGCAAUGAAAAAAACUGCGAUACUGUACUGAAAACUGGUGCCGAUGGUGUACCUUUAGCUUCACAGCCAUGUGGCCAUCGCUUUAGCAAGGAAACAAAAAAUUGCUAUUUUUUAGUGCUAUCUAUCGAGCAACAAAUUCAGUAUUUGUUGGAGAGUGGCGCAGCUAAAUGGUUUGAUAAUAAGCAGAACCACUGUGACGGUAAAACAAAAGGAUAUAUUCAAACUGGAGACUUGUAUCGAGACAAAGUUAGAAUCACUGAUGAGCUCAUCAGUUACAUAACUCUGCAACUUAACACAGACGGAGCUGAGUGUCACAAAAAAAGCAAAUUUACCUUUUGGGCAUUUAUGGGAGUACCUAACGAACUCCCUUACUGGUUAAGAAGAUAA